GCCUCGCGUCACUUUUACGUCAGGCCGCGCGGCCAAUGAGAACCCGAGUCCAAGGAUUCUGACUCUGCGCGCCCCGGCCAAUCGACGCAUCGGCGGGAGCUGCAUGAUUUGCAUGGACUCCGAUGGCCAUUGCCAAUGAGACUGUGACUGGCGUGAAUCAUAACCAAUAAUAGGCUGCUAGGGGCGUGGCCGCGGGCGUCCCACGAGGUAAAGAUGCUGCAGGCGGAACCUGCCCGAGCGAGCGGGAUUCGGGGGUGCUGAAGUCGCAAGGGCAGGGCGGGAAGGAAGAUCCGGAGCGGGGCGUGGGAUCCGGAGCUGGAGGCCCCCAGGAUCUCCCCUCUGUGAAAAGGCACGCUGAUCUGGAUAAGUGAGGCCGGCCCCAUGUAUCCGGAAUCAACCACGGGGUCCCCAGCUCGACUCUCCCUGCGGCAGACAGGCUCCCCUGGGAUGAUCUACAGUACUCGGUAUGGGAGUCCCAAAAGACAGCUCCAGUUUUACAGGAAUCUGGGCAAAUCUGGCCUUCGGGUCUCCUGCCUGGGGCUUGGAACAUGGGUGACCUUCGGGGGCCAGAUCACAGAUGAGAUGGCAGAGCACUUAAUGACCUUGGCCUACGAUAAUGGCAUCAACCUGUUCGAUACAGCAGAGGUCUACGCGGCUGGCAAAGCUGAAGUGGUAUUAGGGAACAUCAUUAAGAAGAAGGGAUGGAGACGGUCCAGCCUUGUCAUCACCACCAAGAUCUUCUGGGGAGGAAAAGCGGAGACCGAGAGAGGCCUUUCCCGGAAGCACAUAAUUGAAGGACUGAAAGCUUCUCUGGAGCGACUGCAGCUGGAGUACGUGGAUGUGGUUUUUGCCAACCGCCCAGACCCCAACACGCCCAUGGAAGAGACCGUGCGGGCCAUGACCCAUGUCAUCAACCAGGGGAUGGCCAUGUACUGGGGCACAUCACGCUGGAGCUCCAUGGAGAUCAUGGAGGCCUACUCGGUGGCUCGACAGUUCAACCUGAUCCCGCCCAUCUGCGAGCAAGCCGAAUAUCACAUGUUCCAGAGGGAGAAGGUCGAGGUCCAGCUGCCAGAGCUGUUCCACAAGAUAGGAGUAGGUGCCAUGACCUGGUCCCCUCUGGCCUGCGGCAUCGUCUCAGGAAAGUAUGACAGUGGGAUCCCACCUUACUCCAGGGCCUCCCUGAAGGGCUACCAGUGGUUGAAGGACAAGAUCCUGAGUGAGGAGGGUCGUCGCCAACAGGCCAAGCUGAAGGAACUGCAGGCCAUUGCCGAGCGCCUAGGCUGCACCCUACCCCAGCUGGCCAUAGCCUGGUGCCUGAGGAACGAGGGUGUCAGCUCUGUGCUUCUGGGUGCUUCCAAUGCAGAACAACUUAUGGAGAACAUUGGAGCAAUACAGGUCCUUCCAAAAUUGUCGUCUUCCAUCGUCCACGAGAUCGACAGCAUUCUGGGCAAUAAACCCUACAGCAAAAAGGACUAUAGAUCCUAAGUUACCCCGCCCCCGCGCCCCGCCCUGACAGUUCUCGGUUCCCUCCUCGUCUCUGUUCGCUCGCUUCUGCUGUUUCAAAGCCAAAUGCAGAGUGUGGUUCACAUCCAAGGGGAAACACUAUGCCCAGACAUUACCGGGAAUUGAUCUCCAAAGUUACCGCCAGAUGCCGCCUGCCACUUCUUCACUGGAUACUGUCCAACAGAUGCCAGGGGAUGGCAUCAGUUAGGGGGAUAUCCAGAGGCUCCCACCAAGCCCACCACCUCUGCUUAGCCUUCAAGAAGAAACACUUGCCUCCAGCCAUGGCCCUUCACAGAGAUUCUAGAAGCCAUGGCCGGUGGAGGUCUCGUCCUUGGAGCAGGCAGGGCUGGCCUCUCUGCCGAGAACCCCUGUCCCAGAAGAGGGGUGUGCACCCUUCUCCCAGAGUCCUGGUGGUUAGAGCAAGGCCUCCCUCUUUCCAUGGACACCAGGUACUUUGUUCAAGGCUGGCCUGGGAUCCCACUCUUCUCAGGCCUUGGCCUGCCCCACAGCCCACCAGGCCUUGGCUGGGAUUACAGCUACCGCUGCCCCUUGGCACCCACCCUUACCCUUGCUGGCAGGGGCAGGGAUCCCAGCUGGCUUUCCCAGUCUUCCAACCACCGAGCCCCACAGCAGGGACGCUCAGCAGGCUUGGAUGGAGCCCAUUGGAAUAUGCCUCUCAAGACAGACGCUCAUGGACAAGUGUGGCAGCUGGCCCCACCGCAGGCAGGUGGCAGCAGGCUCGCAAGACCAUAUUGCUCUCACAGACCUUCCUCCAAUACCUCUGCUGUACCAGGGCAGUGGGUUCAUGAUGUGGGCUUUGCCCAGAUGAAGCACUUAAGAGCUCCUUCGGGUUUCAAGGUUGCAAGCUAAGGGACUAAGGGAGCAGCUCCAGUAAUCAUCUCCAUGUUCUAAGAAUAGAUCCGCAGGGCUUCUCCCUGGAAAAGUGGCUAGGACCACCCAUUCCCUUCUUCGAACCCUCAUGCUGGCCUAGGGCAGGAUGGGAAGAGGGAGAGUGGGAAAGAUGGGCAGCCACUUAUCAGUGGGAGCUACAUGGAUGCCAGGAAGCCUGCAGGUUUGGACAGGGCAUGCUGCCUGGAGGCCCCCAUCCCAUGGUCAUGUGAUGCUCUAGGGGACAGGGUCCUACCCAGCUGGCUCCCUAGGGGACCAGCCUCCUCCCCUGAACAGGCCAUGGCCAGCUCCCAGGCACAAGCCCUGGAUGCAUAGCACCCUGGCUUUGCCUUCUGUAGCUGUUAUUCCAAGGCUCCUCCCUGCAGAGGUGAGGACAGGGGUAGGGGGUAAGGUUUGGGGAGGAGACAGGAAGGAAGGCAGACAGGGUGAAUAGCUUCCUUUCUCACACACAACCCCCCCUCCCCUUGAAAACCCUGGGCUCUCAAACCUUCACUGCUCAUAGCGCUGACCUGAGCCCUCAGAAGCAGCCCUGUGGGUGUGGGGAUGGAGGCCACUGGGCCCUGGGACUUCCAUGCCCGGCUAGAGGAGCCAGCUUCCUGCAGUGGCCCAGCAGGACAUACCAGACCUGUCCACACAGCUGGCCUUAGUUAGCCUUGCUUGCUAGGUGGGCCAGGCAUGCAGGAAUGCCCACAGUAGGAGCUGCUGCCUGCCUGUGAACCACACCUCAGAGCUAAGCUCCUGCUGGGCAUGUUCAAGAGACGGGAAAACAGGCUGCAGGGCUAAGGCACGGGAGCCCUAGAUGCAGAAGACGUUUUAACCAAAUGUUUCUGAGACGUUGUCUUCCAUACCCACUCUUGAAGCAUUGGGGAUUUGUUUCUUAAGCUUCCGUAGAGGGGUUUGAAGGAGGGGCUCGGAGGCCACAUAGAGCAAGUGCAGACAGCCUAUAAAGGAGAGCUUGCCCCGGGCCCCAAAGGGUCUAAGGCCAGCUCCUUCCUCCAUGGCCCAGCUGCCUGCUGGUCAGCCCAAGCCAGCCUCUCUCCACCUUGAAGUAGUCUGCCAGGCCUGGUGCAGGAGGAGAGCUGUAAAGGAUCUAGCACAUGGAGCCCUGCUGCGGCUGCUCAUCCCAGACCCGAGGUCCUAAGGCACAGCAGGGCGCCUGUGUGCCUGCUCUCAUGUACAUAUCGUGCUCCCCAUUUUUUUAAUGAGCGUGGCUCCUCGCUAAAUGCACCCCACCAGGCCGACAGCAAAUGCCUCCAGCUUCCUGACAGACUCAGACCAAGGUGCGGCCCGUUAUUUAUGGAAUGGCAAAUAAAACCUGAGCUCUUUGGUCUCCA